AUACUUCUCUUUUUGUUUUCCCCCCCGAAGUUAAAGGGAAGAGACCAGCAUGGUUGAAAACUCUCCAGCCCCAUUGCCAGAAAGAGCAAUAUACGGCUUUGCCCUUUUUUUAGGAUCUUGGUUUGGCUUUAUUCUGUAUCUUAUCUGGGCAUACGUUCCUGAGACUUGGCUAUUCUCUUUGGGACUAACAUACUGGCCUCAAAAGUACUGGGCAGUUGCAUUGCCUGCGUAUCUACUAGUUACUCUAGCAAUCGGCUAUAUCUUGCUUUUUGGUAUUAAUAUGAUGAGUACAGCUCCACUCAACUCUACACAUACUAUUACAGAUAACUAUGCAAAAAAGCAACAACAGAAGAAAUUUCAAGAAGAAGCAAUUCCUGCACUGAGGGAUGUUUCCAUCAGUGAAGUAAACAGAAUGUUUUUCCUUCCUGAAAAAGGCAUCUGCAAUAGCAGUUAAUUGUAAUUAAGAUCUAUUUGAAUAAAGUAUUAGUAGCAACAGUACGGAAAUCAAAUGGAAACUCAAAACCCAUCCAUGUCAAGACAAGAAAUUUUCUGCUAGUAUAACAAAACUUUUUUUCUGAAUUUUCUGAAUUCAUGUAAAAAUAUUUGAUUGUUGAGAUGCCUUAGUUUUGUCAUUAUACAUGGGCCAUGAUAAUCUGCUUUCUUCUGAGAAUUAUGCUACAUUAAUUUAUUUAACCAUUCUUGUAAUUUAAAAGAAAUGAUCUAUUACUUACAGGUUACUACUGUAUUUUCCCUCUCGGUGUAAAAGAAAAAGCACUUGGGCCUAAUGCAAUUCUGUUUUUCACUGAAUUCAGGGAGAGCAAAUGUGCUCUGUUAAACUAAUGCUUGAGGCUCUUGAAAUCUCUCCCCUGUUCUUUUUGGUUUGCUUUGGUUUACAAGUCACAUUAAACCAAAGUAUUUCCAUUGUAAAUACACAGUUUGCAUUUGUAAAUAUUAAUAAAAUACAGUUACUUUUACUUGUUUAAAGUUAGCAAUUUUUCUGUAAUUCUGUAAUAUUUGUCUUCAGUCAAGGUAUAUAGAAGUAGAUUUUCCUUAUGCUCAGCAAUCUAUGUUGAUUUUCUGCAAAUUGGUUAGACUUAUUAAAAUAUCAAGAUUACUGGAAACAAGGAAUAUGAAUUGUGAAGAUUUUCUGCAACAAGUCCUAAAAUGACUUUUUUUUUUUUUUAACUUUCAUCCUUAAAAAUACAGAAAACUAUUGCUAGAUUCAAAGAAAUGUCUGUAAGUAUAGGAAUCUAUAGGCCCAUUUUAUAGUCUAGAUUGUAGCAUGAAGCAUGUGCUUUUUUCAGCAGUGGUUCAGAUAUUUCUUAAAGAGGGAGUUUUGCUUUUGUGUAUGCAUUAGUGAGGAGACAGACGAUACAUAUUUACUUUCUUCUGAGAGUCAGAAAUCUAAUUCUUAAGGUUUUUAAUGUAUUUAUUUUCAGUAGUCAAGAUUAUUCAUUUUGGUUGGAAAGACCAAUAAAUAAAGCCUUAUUGUUUGUUAGGUCUACAGGCCGACUUCUGACCAGUAGAGAAUUUAAUUAUAGAAAAAUAGAGUUUUCUGAGAAUUUAUGUAUGAAGGCUCUUAUGCUAGUUCUUCAGAAAUCAGUCACAACAGCCAUCAGUUUUUGUGAGAAAUUUUAUGACGUGGCUACAAUCGAUCAGUCUGGUACAAUUGUGAAAGUAAGUUGCUGCUUCUUGAUCCUGUAAUCUUUAGUAGUUUGCUACUUUUCCCACCUUUAUCUGAAGGAGGAAAAGAAAUGCUAGGUCUUAUGGGUAUGAAGAGAAAAAUGCUGUCUUAAUUAAGCAAAAAAAGCUGUUUGGUAUGUCACUCUGAAAUAGUAGAUUUCAGGUAUGUAGUUGUUCGGGGGCAUUUCCUGAGAACUGGUAUGUCAGCCUAAUGAUUGUAAAUUAGUACCGUGCUUAUUUGCUUGAUAGUUUUCACCUGGUUUUUUGUUUUGGGGUUUUUUUUUGCAUUUUGUUUUUCCGUUUGCUCCCAGUUGCUGUCAUUGUCCCCCUCCUCCUGUUUUUGCCGUUCUAUUUAUUUCAGCUUGCACACUUGCACACCCAUAUAUAGGGUCAAUUCAAGAUUUUAUGAUCAACAGACAUGAAGAUGUAUUUACUCUUUUGUCAGUUGUCUAAUCACUCUGUAAACACUGAAGUGUUGGCUGCAGAGUCACCUUUUCUUGUAUAAUUUCUGGCUGUGUUCUAUGUUCCUUUUACUUUCUGAGAAAGCAAUUUCUUUUUUAAUUCUAAAUUGACAACUAGUGAAGGCUACGCUUCUGGUAUCAUUUAAUGCAAGGAUUAAUUUAGUCCCCAGUUAAGGGUCCUGAAAGCACACAAAUUAAAGGACUGUAAACCUUGGACAAAGAUUCUAUCAGUGAUGAAUCUGCUAUUUCAUUUGACUGCUGACUACACAAUUAUGGGAAAACUAACAGAGACACCUCUGUGAAUAGACAAGCUGGGGCCAUUUGUUUAAGUAAAACUUGCAGGCAUGAAACUCAAUCUUUGCUUUUGUAUCACUGCCAUGUGACAGUGCUUCAAAGACACUGUAGUGACCUUUUCCUCUACUUAAAGAGUAACGUUUGACACUUCAGAAGUGGCCUCUGUCGUCAAAACAAAACUAGGUAACAUUUACAGUGCAUGUCCUUUAAUAAAUAUGUUUUUCUAGGAGAUUGCAGGUGUUUGGGCUCCAUCAUUUCAGUCCUGCAUAUAGCUGUGAUUAACCAAAAGAUACACAACUCUGCCAGUACAGCGAAGAGAAAAGGAGAGAUUUUCCCAUUUGUAGAGCUGUAGCAUCCUUUUAGCUAUAGAUACUUUGUUAGAAAAGGGAGCUAGCUAAUUUAGCUCUAGCCCAGCUUAGCCCUAGUGCCUAAAGUAGAUGAAGCCUGCAGGCCACAGGACUGAAUUGUAGAUGAGCUCGAAAGACAUUGCUGAGGAUGUGACUGCAAAACCAGCUAGAACCAGCCCUCAGAGAUACAGAAUGCGAUGCACAGAGGUAACAGUUAACCUUCGGGCUAAGAUAGGCACUAUGAAGCAGGAACAUAGCAACCAUCCCCGGAGGUUGACGUGAACCAAUGAAAAGGAAAGAGACCACCGACUCAGUGAAGAAGAUUGGAAGAGACUGUCACUGGCAGGUGGGGAAAUAAGACUGUAAGGAGUAUAAUUACCCCACAGUUUCUUUGUUCGGGGUCCUUCCCGGGAGGCACACCUUGAGCUGUUACUUUGCUGUACCGAUAUUUAAAUAAAUAAUUUCGCUGCUAGAUGUACGUGAGACUCUGCUCCUCGGAAACCUGGGGUCGAACUGUUUCCAUAACAUACUUAAUGGGUUUUUAAUAGAUUUUUGCCUUAGAGGUUAUUCCAAAACAAUCUGAAAUGAUUGCGAUGUGUUGCUAGUACCGCCUUUCUUUACAAAACAUACCCGUUUAAUGACUUGAGGUAUCAGAUAUCCAUGCUUCUCAGAGUUUGACCUGAAUAAAACUAAAUUUGUCCCUGUUUUCAUCCUUUGGACUUAUUGAUGGCAUAUUACUAUAGUGCAACCAGUAGUAAUCACUAGAGUUAGACCAAUUGCUUUACUCCUGUUGAAGUAAACUAAAUGAUUAAAAGUCAGGCAUGCUUUUUUUUUAAUGCAGCUUCUGGGGGUUUUUAUGCGGUUUUUAUUGUAGUGGACAUUAAUGGUGCUUCGCACAUCUUGGCAUAAAGAAACUUCAUUUUGUAAGAUAAAUUCCCCAAAAAGGAAUGAAUGCAUCAGCAUGUCAUAAAAAUAUUAAAGGUGCUGAUUCAAAUGAAAAGGUUGUAUGCCAAUGAAAGUAAUAGGGCAGCAGUUAUCAAAUUUGUCUAUGUAGUGAUGAUAGAGAUCAAGUCUCUCUCUGUCUUAGCUGUAAAGAGAGGGGUAGCAGUGAUGCAGAUAAUGUGUUUAGGAUGUUGAAGUUCAGGUGAUGUAUGGAGUUGAAUUGAGAGAAAGAAACUUUGGGAGUAGAGAGUCAUGCAAAUAAAUAAAAAUGGAAGCUUUUUUGGUUUUCGGUCUUUUAUCAUAUUGCACUGUACUGAAUGCCAUGAGUUUGGAGGCUUCCGGGCAAAUGCAUAGUGUAUGCAUAUGAAGUAGCAGAAGAGCAAAAUUCCCUGUGUAUGUAGAUAAUUUCAUUUUUAUUA